AAAAUCAACCUGAAAAUAGAAAAUACUGGUGAGGGAAUGGCCGCAGUGAGCACAACAUUGAUCCGGGCCCUUCGGCAUUCGGCGCUGCCGAGGUCGGCACCCGUGCGAUGCCUGGCCACUUCGACCGUGCGGAAACAAUGGCGAGGCCUGCGGCCAGUCGUGGCCGUGCUUGUGGGCGCUGGCGCCUCUUUUUUCGCUGUCAAAAUGUAUCAAAAGCAAGCCACUGUGCAUGCAUUAAAGCAGAGAAGGAAGGAUGAGGAACUGGCCAAAGCCGUCAAACUGACUUCCAGGGAGAGGCGAUUCAUAAAAUUCUCCUCUGUGGAGUUUGACAGCCAGCUUUACAUGACUCCACAGGACUUCCUGGACAGUGUCGUGGAGAGUGAGCCGAGACCCCGGCUCAAAAGGAAAGUUCUGACGAGCAAGGACUUGGAUUCGUUAAAAAGCCACACUCCUCCUCUGAAGAAAGGCUCCAGCAACAUGUUCCGCAACCUGAGGGACAAGGGAAUCAUUUCCUACACCGAGUACCUGUUCCUUUUAUCUAUUUUAACCAAGCCUCAAUCUGGUUUCCAAAUUGCAUUCAACAUGUUCGACACCGAUGGAAACCAGCGAGUUGACAAGAACGAGUUUCUAGUCAUCCGCGGCAUAAUGGCUGGCACAAUUUCUGAUUUGAUGCUGGAGUUCAAGGACGAUCCGAACACACGGCAUGCUCUUAAAGGUCUGAUUUCCGAACACGCUCUCAAGGGAGUCCUUAAAAGAAAAAAUAAUGCUAGCUUGGAGAGCAUCUUCAGCCACACGUGGCGCGACAAACGGGGAAUCGGAGCUGAUGGCGAAGAGGCCGAGGGCGAGGCCCCACACGAGCAGUUUGUUGACGACGACCAGGGCCUGCAGCGAAGGCACGCUGUCGACACCACUCUGCUGCUCCACUUUUUCGGCCGAAAGGGCUUGGAUGACCUGCAGUACGAAGGUUUUAAAAAAUUCAUGGAAAACCUGCAAACUGAAGUUCUCGAGCUAGAGUUUCAUGAGUUCUCGAAAGGGCUGGACACGAUAUCUGAAGUGGACUUCGCCAGAAUCCUGCUCCGCUUCACGUACUUGAGUGCUGACCAGUACGACAUGUAUUUGGACCGCCUCCUCGACAGGAUCAAACACGAACAAGGAAUUUCUUUUAAUGAAUUCCGCGUCUUCUGCCAGUUUCUUAACAAUUUGGAGGACUUCAGCAUCGCCAUGCGCAUGUACACCUUGGCUGACCAUCCCAUUUCACAAGAUGAAUUUCAUCGGGCUGUGAAGCUUUGCACCGGAACGAACCUGAGCCGGCACCUGGUGCACACCGUGUUCCAGAUUUUCGACGAGGAUGGUGAUGGCCAGCUGAGCUACCGUGAGUUCAUCGCCAUCAUGAAGGACAGACUGCACAGAGGAUUCAAGUCGUACACCAAGAACGAGGGUUGGGACGCGUUUAAGUCGUGCGUCAAGCAAGAGAUGAAGUAUGUGAUGUGAUGAAGUCCAGUCUCCUUUUCCUUGAGGCCGUGCCAUAAUUAUUGUGUUUCGAUUUCGAAUCUUGGCUGUUUACGUUUGUUACUUAAGAAUAAGAAGUAUUCUUCAGUCAACCGACUAUAAAAAAUUGAAAUGUCUAUUUAAUAAUAUUGCAUUUUUAAAUCCAUCUCCGCACAAAUAAUCUGAGCAUGAAAAUCUUGUUAAUCCUUAAACACUUGUUAUCAUUGCUAACUAAUCUAACUAUCAGUCAAAGUAAAAGGCUGCCUGGAGACGCACAAUUUCAAAAUCUGGAAUGUGAUAUUAAUUUUGGUAUUUUAUUGCCUGCUUAUUGAGCAAUUUUGUGCAACUCCUGGCUCCCUAAAUAAUCUGGAUUUUCAAUUUUGACAAUUUCAAUCGAUUCCUGAUGGUCAAAUUUUGGUGGGUGAUCGAAAUUUCGAUUUGAAACACUUAAAAUCUCAACGCAGUAAAAUCUGAUCUCCGCUGGCUGCCGUUGUGGCGCUGCUGUCUCGGUCUCAGGCAAUCACAGAACUGCUUCUUUCUUGUGGCAAUUUUUGCUGCGUAUUCAGACCAAAACCAGCCAAAUUGACAGUUUCUACGUUCGUGUUGAAUUUUCGACCGAGUAUUUCGGCUGUCCAGCCUAAUUCGACCCUCAGGAAUCGAUUGGCACUGCCAAAAGUGGAAUUCAUUCAUCUUGUAUGUUGUCUAGUCAAUCGAUCAAAUAAUGCGUACAAUUUGUUAAAAUAUUAAAUAAAUAACACACCUACUUAAUUGAUUGAAAUGUAAUCAAAAAUAUUUAUAACGUGUUGAUUUUGAUAAAACUGCCAUUAUAGAGUUGAAUAAAUGAAGGGUUUCUUGUUAAAAA